AUGCGCCGCAACGGGCUUGAACCAAGAAAUGAGCAAUGCCCAACAACAAUAAUUGUAACUAUUGCUACAACAAGUAUUGUCACAAAAUUGACAACGGGACCAACACCUGGUACCAGUACUAUUCUGCCUUUGUCCGGAUGCACAGUAAACUGCUAUACAGAGAUUAUUGUAACUGUGGCACCCACUGGAGGUGUUACGACUGAAACUACCUUCGGUCCCACAGCUGGGACCAGUACUAUUUUGCCCUCUCCUGGGUGCAUUGGAUUCUGUCCUACUAGGAUCAUUGUUACCGCUACAGGUAACUUUAGCACUAUAACAACAAUUGGCCCAACUGCUGGAACAAGCACUAUUCCACCAAUACCAGGAUGCAUAGUCAACUGCUAUACACAAGUUAUUAUAACUAUAGCGCCUACUGGAGGUAUUAUUACCGAAACUACGUUUGGUCCAACUAUGGGAAGUAGUACUAUCUUGCCGUCAAUCGGGUGUACAGGAUUUUGUCCUACUAGGAUUAUUGUUACUGCCACAGGCGGCCUUAGCACUGUUACAACAUUUGGCCCAACUGCUGGCACGAGCACCAUUCCGCCACCACCGGGGUGCACAGUCAACUGCUAUACACAAGUUAUUAUAACUGUAGCGCCUACUGGAGGUAUUAUUACCGAAACUACGCUUGGUCCAACUGUUGGAAGUAGUACUAUCUUGCCGUCAAUCGGGUGUACAGGAUUCUGUCCUACUAGGAUUAUUGUUACUGCUACAGGCGGCUUUAGCACUGUUACAACCUUUGGUCCAACCGCGGGAACGAGCACUAUUCCACCACUGCCGGGAUGCACAGUCAAUUGCUAUACACAUGUUAUUGUAACUAUAGCGCCUACUGGAGGUACUAUUACCGAAACUACGUUUGGUCCAACUGUUGGAAGUAGUACUAUCUUGCCGUCAAUCGGGUGCACAGGAUUCUGUCCUACUAGGAUCAUUGUUACUGCUACAGGGGGCCUUAGCACUGUUACAACCUUUGGCCCAACUGCUGGAACGAGCACUAUUCCGCCACCGCCAGAGUGUACAGUCAACUGCUAUACACAAGUUAUUAUAACUAUAGCGCCUACUGGAGGGAUUAUUACCGAAACUACGUUUGGUCCAACUAUUGGAAGUAGUACUAUCUUGCCGUCAAUCGGGUGUACAGGAUUCUGUCCCACUAGAGUUGUUAUUACUGCUACAGGGGGCCUUAGCACUGUUACAACUUUUGGCCCAACUGCUGGAACGAGUACUAUUCCGGCACCGCUGGGAUGUACAGUCAACUGCUAUACACAGGUUAUUAUAACUAUAGCUCCUGCUGGAGGUAUUAUUACUGAAACUACAUACGGUCCAACUGUUGGGAGCAGUACUAUCCUGCCGUCUGUUGGGUGCACGGGAUUUUGUCCAACUAGGAUCAUUGUUACUGCUACAAGGGGCCUUAGCACUGUUACAACCAUUGGCCCAACCGCGGGAACGAGUACUAUUGCGCCACUGCCGGGGUGUACAGUCAACUGCUAUACACAAGUUGUUAUAACUAUAGCGCCUACUGGAGGUAUUAUUACCGAAACUACGUUUGGUCCAACUAUUGGAAGUAGUACUAUCUUGCCGUCAAUUGGGUGCAUCGGAUUCUGUCCUACUAGGAUCAUUGUUACUGCUACAGGGGGCCUUAGCACUGUUACAACUUUUGGCCCAACUGCUGGAACGAGCACUAUUCCGCCACCGCCGGGAUGUACAGUCAACUGCCAUACACAAGUUAUUAUAACUGUAGCGCCUACUGGAGGCGUUAUUACUGAAACUACAUUUGGUCCAACUGUUGGGAGUAGUACUAUCUUUCCGCCAAUCGGUUGUACAGGAUUCUGUCCUACUAGGAUUGUUGUUACUGCUACAGGCGGCUUUAGCACUGUUACAACCUUUGGUCCAACCAUGGGAACGAGCACUAUUCCACCACUGCCGGGAUGUACAGUCAAUUGCUAUACACAUAUUAUUGUAACUAUAGCGCCUACUGGAGGUACUAUUACUGAAACUACGUUUGGUCCAACUGUUGGAAGUAGUACUAUCUUGCCGUCAAUCGGGUGUACAGGAUUUUGUCCUACUAGGAUUAUUGUUACUGCCACAGGCUGGCUUAGCACUGUUACAACCUUUGGCCCAACUGCUGGAACGAGCACCAUUCCGCCACCGCCGGAGUGUACAGUCAACUGCUACACACAAGUUAUUAUAACUAUAGCGCCUACUGGAGGUAUUAUUACCGAAACUACGUUUGGUCCAACUGUUGGAAGUAGUACUAUCUUGCCGUCAAUCGGGUGUACAGGAUUCUGUCCUACUAGGAUCAUUGUUACUGCUACAGGCGGGCUUAGCACUGUUACAACCUUUGGCCCAACUGCUGGAACGAGCACCAUUCCGCCACCGCCGGAGUGUACAGUCAACUGCUACACACAAGUUAUUAUAACUAUAGCGCCUACUGGAGGUAUUGUUACCGAAACUACGUUUGGUCCAACUGUUGGAAGUAGUACUAUCUUGCCGUCAAUCGGGUGCACAGGAUUCUGUCCUACUAGGAUUAUUGUAACUGCUACAGGCGGGCUUAGCACUGUUACAACCUUUGGCCCAACUGCUGGAACGAGCACCAUUCCGCCACCGCCGGAGUGUACAGUCAACUGCUACACACAAGUUAUUAUAACUAUAGCUCCUACUGGAGGGAUUAUUACCGAAACUACGUUUGGUCCAACUGUUGGGAGCAGUACUAUCCUGCCGUCUGUUGGGUGCACGGGAUUUUGUCCAACUAGGAUCAUUGUUACUGCUACAGGGGGCCUUAGCACUGUUACAACCUUUGGCCCAACCGCGGGAACGAGUACUAUUGCGCCACCGCCGGGGUGUACAGUCAACUGCUAUACACAAGUUGUCAUAACUAUAGCGCCUACUGGAGGUAUUAUUACCGAAACUACGUUUGGUCCAACUAUGGGAAGUAGUACUAUCUUGCCGUCAAUCGGGUGUACAGGAUUCUGUCCCACUAGAGUUGUUAUUACUGCUACAGGGGGCUUUAGCACUAUUACAACCAUUGGCCCAACUGCUGGAACGAGCACCAUUCCGCCACCGCCGGGAUGUACAGUCAACUGCUACACACAAGUUAUUAUAACUGUAGCGCCUACUGGAGGUAUUAUUACCGAAACUACGCUUGGUCCAACUAUUGGAAGUAGUACUAUCUUGCCGUCAAUCGGGUGUACAGGAUUCUGUCCCACUAGAGUUGUUAUUACUGCUACAGGGGGCUUUAGCACUAUUACAACCUUUGGCCCAACUGCUGGAACGAGCACUAUUCCGCCACCCCCGGGAUGUACAGUCAACUGCUACACACAAGUUAUUAUAACUAUAGCGCCUACUGGAGGUAUUAUUACCGAAACUACGUUUGGUCCAACUGUUGGAAGUAGUACUGUCUUGCCGUCAAUCGGGUGUACAGGAUUUUGUCCUACUAGGAUUAUUGUUACUGCCACAGGCGGCCUUAACACUGUUACAACAUUUGGCCCAACUGCUGGCACGACCACCAUUCCGCCACCACCGGGGUGCACAGUCAACUGCUAUACACAAGUUAUUAUAACUGUAGCUCCUACUGGAGGUAUUAUUACCGAAACUACAUUUGGUCCAACUGUUGGGAGUAGUACUAUCUUGCCGUCCAUCGGGUGCACAGGAUUCUGUCCUACUAGGAUUAUUGUAACUGCUACAGGCGGCUUUAGCACUGUUACAACAUUUGGUCCAACUGCUGGAACAAGCACUAUUCUGCCACCGCCGGGAUGUACGGUGAACUGCAUUACGAAUAUCAUUGUCACCAUUACAGGCGGGUUCAGCACAUCUACAACCUUGGGACCCACUGCUGGUACGAGUACGAUAUUACCAACUCUUGGAUGUAUGGUAAACUGCUACACACAAAUUAUUAUAACUGUGACAGGAGCAUUCAGUACAUCCACAACCUUCGGUCCCAUUGCUGGCACUAGCACGAUUCCGCCAUCUCCAGGAUGCACGCUCAACUGCUUUACACAAAUUAUUCUAACAGAAGUUAUGAUUGGAAGUAUUGUUAGCAUUACCACAACAGGGCCAACGCCUGGAACAAGCACCAUUUUGCCGACGAAUUCGGAAUGUCCCGAGGCAGGUUUAAUGCGCCGUAACGAUCUUGCAGCAAGAAAUAUAGAAUGCCCGACUACAAUCAUUAUUACUGUAACACCACCGGGGGGCUUUAGUACUGUUACCACCUUUGGACCGAUUGCUGGUACAAGCACGAUUCCCCCAUCACCGACAUGCAUUGUUAACUGCGUUACGCAAAUCGUAAUUACCGUUACUGGCGGCUUUCGUACUUCGAGUACUCUUGGUCCCACCGCAGGUACAAGCACGAUACUGCCGGUAUCUGGAUGCACAAUUAACUGCUUUACACAAAUUAUUGUAACACAUACUGGAAGUCUCAUAACACAAAGAACUAUUGGGCCGACUCCUGGCACGAGUACAAUUCCACCUCCUUCUGGAUGCACUACUAAUUGUAUUACAACUGUUAUUGUUACCGCUACGGCUGGCCUUACUACGUCGACUACCUUUGGACCAACUCCGGGAACGAGUACAAUCCCGCCACCUCCUGGAUGUACUGAAAGCUGCUUUACGCAAAUUAUUGUCACACUCACUGGAGUUCUUGUCACGUCCACCACCUUUGGACCGGCUCCUGGUACAAGUACGAUCCAACCUCCGCCUGGAUGUACGGUCAACUGUGUUACUAUGAUUAUCGUUACCGCAACUGGUGGCUUCAGCACGAUCACAACCUUUGGCCCAACUGCAGGCACGAGUGUAAAUCCACCAUCUCUUGGUUGCACAGUGAAUUGCUUCACGCAAAUUAUUGUUACUCUUACUGGUGGCCUUGUGACGUCUACUACCUUUGGACCAACUGCUGGUACCAGUACGAUCCCGCCAUCACCUGGCUGCACAGCUAACUGCGUUACUACAAUUCUUGUCACUGCUACUGGUGGCAUUACAACUACAACAACGUUCGGUCCGACGGCUGGCACGAGCACGAUUCCACCACCGCCUGGAUGUACUGUAAACUGCUUUACUCAUAUUAUUUUAACAGUCACAGGUGGUCUUGUAACACAAACGACCCUUGGGCCAACGGCUGGAACGAGUACAAUCCCACCUCUGUCUGGAUGUACAGCAAAUUGUGUUACUACAAUUAUUGUUACCGCAAUUGGUGGAUUCAGUACUUCCACUACCUUUGGCCCAACAGCAGGCACGAGCACGAUUCCACCACCUCCUGGUUGUACCGUGAACUGUUUCACGCAAAUUAUCGUCACUCUAACUGGCGGUCUCGUAAUGUCUACUACUUUUGGACCAACUGCCGGUACAAGCACAAUUCCGCCACCGCUUGGCUGUGCAGCUAACUGCGCUACUACAAUCAUUGUUACUGCAACUGGAGGCCUUACUACUUCUACGACCUUUGGUCCGACGGCUGGCACAAGUACGAUUCUGCCUCCUUCUGGAUGUACUGUCGACUGCUUUACACAAAUAAUUGUAACCUUAACUGGCGGUCUCGUAACGUCUACUACCUUUGGUCCUACAGCUGGUACAAGUACAAUUUCGCCUUCGCCUGGCUGUAUCACUACCUGUGUUACUACUAUUAUUGUUACUACCACUCGUGGUAUUACUACUAUAAUAACGCUCGGUCCGACGGAUGGCACAACUACAGGUAGUCUUGUUACGUCUACGACCUUUGGACCGGUAACUGGUACGAGUACGAUUCUACCGCCGCCUGGCUGUACUGUCAGCUGCGUAACGUCGAUUAUCGUUACGGCUACGGGUGGAUUUAAAACGUCUACUACCUUUGGACCGACCGCUGGUACGAGUACCAUUCCGCCACCUCCUGGUUGCACAGUGAACUGCUUUACGCAGAUUAUUGUAACGCUUACUGGCAGUCUUAUAACGUCUACCACCUUUGGACCAACCGCUGGUACGAGCACAAUCCCGCCGCCACCUGGCUGCACCGAGAGUUGCGUUACUACUAUUAUUGUGACGGCAACUGGUGGUCUAACUACCACUACAACAUUUGGUCCAACGCCUGGCACGAGCACUAUCCUUCCGUCUUCUGGAUGCAUUGGAGACUGUCCCACAACAAUCAUAGUUACUGUACCUUAG